AUGGGUUGGCACUUGUAUAUGAACUCUAAUUCUUUGGCUAGCCGAAUACUUAAAGCUAAAUAUUAUCCUAAUGUUUCUUUCUUAGAGGCUCCUAUUGGGAAUAAUCCCAGCUAUGUUUGGAGAAGCAUUAGAGAAUCUCAAAGUUUAAUUCGUGAUGGUCUUCUAUGGCGUGUUGGGGAUGGCAAUGAUAUUGCUAUCUGGCUAGAUAGUUGGCUGCCAGAUGUUGCCUUCCCUAUGGUUACUACAACCUUUGACUUUAAUUUUGGGGUCUAUAUGGUUUCGGAUUUGAUCACUGAUGGUGCUUGGAACAUUGAUUUGGUGAAUCGUGUGUUUAAUGAAAGGGAUCGAAAACUUAUUCUGUCAAUCCCUUUAAGAAGGAGCUCUAGCAUUGACUUGCAAUUUUGGAAACAUGAUAAGAGAGGCAGUUAUUCAUUCUCUACCGACGGAUCAAGACUUUGUUCUCGGCAUGUUCCACCACAGGUUUGUCCAUUAUGUAAUGUUGAUUGUGAAUCUGUAAAGCAUGUUUUAGUUGAAUGCUCCUUUGCAAGGCAUGUUUGGCUUGCCUCUCAUCUUGGUUGGUUUUCUCCUUCAACCCAUUCCUUUCAAGACUGGUUAAUGCGAGCUUUAGCUCUCUUCAAUCCAAAUGACUCUGCAACUUUGGCGUACCUAUAUUUGCCUACACCACAGGAAUGGAAAAAGCCAGGCCCUAACUGGGUGAAGCUCAAUGUUGAUAUCGCUACCAAUGUCAAUUCUGGAUGGACAGGAAUCGGAAUGGUGGUACGUAAUGAAAUGGGCAGUUUUGUGGCUUGUAAGAUUUCGCGCAUGGUAGGAUUAUUCUCACCUACAAUUGCUGAAAUUAUGGGAGUACGAGAAGCUUUGAGCUGGAUAAAGGACAACAAUUGGCAAAACGUUAUUGUGGAAUCUGAUAAUUUGCAGGUUGUUAAUGUUCUCAAUUCCAUGAAUGUGGAAAAUUUCUCUAUGAUGGGUGGUAUUGUUUCUGAUUGUAGAUCUCUUAUUAAUGAGAUUAGUUGUGAGAUUCUGUUUUCUCAUGUUUUCCGUUCGGCGAACGGGGUGGCUCAUGCCCUUGCUCAAGCUACUCGUUCCUUUCCGAAUGCUAUGGAGUGGACUCUUUCUCCUCCUGAAUUUGUAUCUCUUCUUUUGCUUUAA